AUGCGUGGUUCACUGGCAGCUUUCGGGGUAACCGUAGCCAUCUGUCUUCCAGGACUAGGGCUUGUUCAGUCGUGGCGUGUGCCGCGAGUCACAGCUGGAGAGGAAACCCCGGCUUUGAGAGAUGCUGCGAACACGCGCGGAGAGAAGGAAUUCUCCGGCACACCCACGCGGUUGCCAAACGUCGAUGCCCACAGAGAAGAAGCGGUGUCUCCCGUGACAGGUGACUUUGACAACCUUGUUAGUGAGGACGACAUAAUGGCUCUGGUCGAUCUUCUCGAGCGCACACGCCAGGAACUACUGACGAAAUUGUCCGAGAUGGAAGCACGCAAAAAUGCAGUUGCCGUUGCAGACAAUCUGUUAGCUAGAAUCCUCGCUAGAAAGGAGUUCGUGCGGAUCAAGGGAAUACUCGGCCGAGGCACACAACAUGCGAAGUCGAUCGGUUCAAAGCUGAAAAGACAAGUGACAGGCAUUCCCAAAUCCAAAAAGUACCUUUGGAUUAAGCAGCAACUUCGUCGAUCGUCAUCAAGCCUUAAGGAAUUCCUCUUGAGCGUGAAAGCCAGCGCAGAAGAAGAGCUUUUGCGGUUGAAAAACAAGGUUGAAGAGAGCGCGAACAAUGAGAGGUGA